AUGGAUGCUUCAAGGCCCGGGCUUCCUCAACUGAGCUCAGAGUUGAAGACUCUAGUAUGCGAUCAGUUACGAGAUAUUGACACUGAUUCUCUCCGUCAACUACGUUUGGCAUCGCGGGAGUUCAACGACAUUGCCACCCCCGUCUACUAUCGCACCCUCGUGCUGAACGAGCUCCUCGUUCAUGAAGACGCACAGACACUCUAUCCCGUGACCCUGUUCCAGAACAUUGCCUGCUUCACCAAGCAUCUCGUCAUACGAAGUACCCUUGAUCCCACAGGAGUCAGGAGGAUCCUCUCGCUCACGGCGUCACUAUCGUCCAUCACCUGGCAAUUUGAGCAGGUUGACCUGAACACGGGCGGGACGUGGUUCCCAUCAGACGUCCUUGACCUAGACGGCAUGAGGCAGCAGGGCACGAGGCUGCACAUCGAGGACCUCCCGACGCGACAGCUGGACAGCGACACGUACCUCCGGGCCGUCCCCAGCGAUCUGCUGACGUCGAUCAAGGUGGCCAGCCUGGCACCCCCGCUGACCGGGCGACUGCCGGAGCUGAAGCGGCUGAUGCUGCACUCGCGCAGCCUCGAGGCGUUCCACUACCGCGACCGCGGGCAGGGUAGCCAGCUCAAGUUCGACAGGGGGGAGCGCAUGCCGCCCCUGGUGGACCUCUCGCUCGUCUCGUACGACUGGAACCACUCGGAGCAGCAGGUACGGGAGCACUGGGACUUCUCCCGUCUGGAGUCGCUGGAGCUGCUGUCGGUCCCGUACUACAACUUCAUCAGCUCGGUGCCCCGCGGAUCCCUCUGGGGCCUGAGGGCCCUCCACCUGGACGACUUCAGCGCCCACCUGCCGGACCGCCGGCGGGAGGCGACCGCUCUCCUGCACGACCUGCUGCUCGACGGCAUAGGCGGCCUCACAUCCCUCGGCGUGACGUGCCACGUCCGUCGUCUGGGCCUGGACGCCAUACUCCGACACGGCCACGGCCUCGAGUCGCUCCGACUCCGCGACCACGUGGGCUUCGGCACCGACGGCACCCGCUGCCCCACCCUCGAUCCGCGCGACCUGUCCGUCCUGGCCGUCCACCUCGUCUGCCUGCGCACGCUCGAGCUCGACAUGGACACCCGCCUCUGCCGUGCCGACCAGUUCCUCGCCGCCAUCCUCCUCGGCUUCCCCCGACUCGAGACGCUGACGCUGCACAUCCCCACCACGAUAUCCAUCAACGAGAACGACGACGACGACAUCCCCUACGGCGCCGAGGACCCGGACCGCGACCAGGUCUCCGCCAUCCUGACCAUGCUCGUCGACGGUAGACCGGAUCUCCCCUGGAAGCAGGUCACCAUCAAUGUGGGCGGGUGGAAGAGGAUCCUCGUCAGGAGACUCAGCCCGGCGUGGAGAUCGCUCAAUAUGCGCGGCAUAUUUGCCGAGAGGUGUUUUGUCAUGAAUGGUGACGGCAACGGUUGCUAUACCACUCGUGAGAUUGAGGGGGGGUUUUGA